ACACACACAAAACGUAUAGCUGUGGUAAAAUCAUAUUACUAAUUAUUUACAUUUCAAACAAUAAUUGGCUGUCGGAUAUUAAUCUGAAAUAGCUAAGCUAGGAUAGGACCGACGGGUUCCCUCCUACAAGCUAGCUUGUACGUUGCAAAAAUAGACCAAACCGCUCGCCUAAUAACGUGCACAUAUAGGUAAUAAUCAUUUGGAAAUUAGCGAUUAAUAAUCACUAAUCAGUGUCAAUGUCAACUGAAGAAAAGCCAAAGCCAAAGGAGUGAAAGAUCGAAAAAGACCGCAACCAAACAAGACAGUGUUUUUGUCCUCAUUAGUGUGGUCUAAGUCCCCACUUAUUAUUAUACAAAACUCCCGCCAUAAUUUUCCCACCGGCGCGCGCAUUAGUUAAUAAACCACCCGCACACGCAUUCGUAUUUUUAUAUUCUGUAGUUGGUGUUAAUGGUGCGAGCGAGCUUGAAUUCACGAAUCCAGGGUUCCUUGUCGAAGAGACAACGGAGGUGGGUCUCAUGAGAAACAGUGACGGUGUCGGAUAUGUUUGGAUCUUUAGCCUUUUUUUUCUUCUUCCACCUUUUGUUAAUUUUCAACUCCGUUUGGAGUCGGCAAAGCGACCGAUGAAAUUUCUUGCAUCGCUGGGUUUCCGACCUUGAGGAUCAGCAAGUAACGUUUGUUAACAAAUUAUGCUAAAAAAAAAAAAGAAAACCAAAACAAAUACCUUUGCUUCUGUUACAUUCAAUCCCGCACGAUUUGCCGUUGUGGGCGACGGAGAGAGGGAACUGGGAAAGAGAUGGAUAGAAAAGAGAGAGCUGCCACCGUGGCCGUUGUCGCCGGAAAGAAAUAAGAGACAAGAUGAAAUCGACGGCGGCCGGGUUUCUAUUUUUGGCUUUUCGGUUGGUUGUGGCCAAGGUUGUCAAACCGGUUUAUGCCAGAGGGCCGGUUUAGCAAGUGGAAUGAUUCGACUGGUGGUACAUACCUGUUCAUACCGGUUAAUAUUACAAAUAAUUUACAAAUACUCAUAUUUAAACACGACAUUUAACGUAAAUACCUAAAUAUUUGUACUUGAAUCCAACAAAUAACAUCAACAUUUAACUUUUUAACGCAUAAAACAAAUAAUAAUUACUUUUUUUCAAAUAAUUCACUAAGAUAAUAUCAUUUACUUGGAAAUUCGUAUAUUGUCAUGCCGGUCAUACCGGUAGUGUCAUGCCGAUUUUAUGACCGGUAUAGGUUGAACCAGGUUCAACCAAUGGCACGCCGGACGGCGUGACUUAUAUUUUAUUUUUAUACGUUUAUUAUUCUGUAGUUAAUUAUGCACGGAUAGGUUGGAUGAAUGACAGUAGCUUAUUAGGUUAUUCACUACUUUAUAAUGAAAUUUCGAUUGCCUUGUUGAUAUGCCUAUGGCAGAAGAAGAAGAAGGAGAAAAUUGACUUUCCAAGAAUCUAUUUGGUUUUCUAUUUUUCUUCACAGGCUCGAAUCUUCAUUCCAUAACUGGAAUUUAAUAAAUUACGUACAAAUAAACCAUAUCAAUAGUAAUCUAUAAAAUGAUACUGUAAUCUACAAAUUGAUAUUGAUUCUGAUAGAUUUUGGGAUUAAGAAGUUACGAGCAUUUAUAAGUGAUCGUUGGAAAUGCACUACAAAUGUCGUAGGGGUUGCAUAUGAAGUGAGUACGAGGUUCUUAGUCCCCAUUGGGUCUUAUGGAUGGGACUAUAUUCAAACUCUUAAGGACUUCCCGACAUUAGAACAUGUAUUUUUAGUUUCAAAAUAUAUCAAAAUGAAUACCAUCCUGUAAAGCAUAUUAAUGUUGUGAGAUAAAAAUAGUUAAAAUAUGGUCCGUAGAAAAUGAAUGUAAGAGCGAGUUAUUGGACAAAAUUUUGCACUUGAGAUUGUUGAAUUCGAGUGUAUGAUGACUGAUGAGCAAUGUUCAAGAAGACGCUAGCCGCUAUCUAGGCGAGGAGGCACCGCCCAACGCCCAAGCCGAUUAAUCGUUGCCUAGGCGAGAUUAAACGUUGCAAAAAAAUACGAUAGAUAAGCCAUAUUCCACAAAAACCCAAGUUGUCAUAUCAGUAUUCAUCCAUUCAUAUUCACAUACAACCAUUUCCCACAAUCCCAAACAUUCCAAGUCGCCAACAAUGAGGAGGGAUCUCACUGCUGGUCGAUGAGGGGGAGCGGCUGGUCGAAUGAAAAUGGGAAAUAGAAUAGGGUUUGGGAUUUUCAAAAAAAAGUCUACACUUUCCCCCUUUAUUAGUUGUUAUGGGCGUCGCCCACCAGAGUGAAAACACGCCUCCGAGUGCCUAGAUGCCUAGAUCAAUCGCCCAAAGCUAAGCGGGGCGAUUUCGUCCUAUCCAGCUAUUAAUUUCGCCUAGGCACGAGAUUAAUCGCGUCUUCUUGAAGACUGCUGAUGAGUGUCCAUUACAUUGUUUAAAUUGAGUCCCACGAGGUUCAUCCACUUGCAUCAAGACCAAGUCAAUCAAAUCCAACAAGGGGUAAAUAUAAUAAGCAACUCCUUUUCCAUUCUCUAAUGAUCAAUACCAUGUCGUUUUAUUAAUUAGCAACAAUCAACUGUCCAUUGACAAAGUCAACUCAUUGACUAGGAGAAGAAGAAAACAAAUCACAAACUGUUCUCUCAAUUAAAUUUCAUUUAACUCGGAUCUUAUCCACUAAUGAAACUACCAUACUCCUAUGUCCUAUAUGUUAGACGCUCAGACUCUAAUUUUGUAGUUGAUCAUCCCAUAUUCCAUUCCUCUUAAUAUUAAUUCUAUAUGAAUAAACAAAAAAAGUAACAUUAAGUAAGUAUCAUUGAACAUAAAUUUGUUCGGAACGAGCAAGUUUCAGAAUUCAACUAAUAAUCAUGUAUGGAUUAGUCGAAAUUUCAGACUACAACAUCAUAUUACAAUCAAAUGGUGACGCCAAAUUUUUUUUUUCUUCAUUAAAGUCUGAUAAGCUACAUCUAUCCUAUAGUAAAAAUCAAGUGUACAUAGGUGUACUUUUUGAGUUUUUUUCUCUUUAUGUUGAAUAAAGAAAUUCGUUACUAUAAAAAAAAUAAAGAAAUUAGAAACAAAUAUAUGUCUAAGCAACAAUCAUCACCGCCCGGAUCCGUGGCGCAAUGGUAGCGCGUCUGACUCCAGAUCAGAAGGUUGCGUGUUCGAUUCACGUCGGGUUCAAAUUCCCCGAUCCGAGGAUCCAUUUUUUUUGCUCCGCAACCCGCUCAUCCAACGGCCAAUAUCGUCCCAAAACCAGAUCCACUCCUUUUCCAUGCUCCCCACCACAGCAUAACAUUUCCCUAAAACCCCUGGCGAACCAGAAAUAGCUUGAAGAAACCCUAACCAUUCCCAGUUCCUUCACAGAGCUCGCUCCCACUCUACUGAUCUCUCAAAUCAAUCAACAAUGGCGUUCUUCUCCCGCCUCCGUCUCCCGUCCCUCACCGCCGCGCACCGCAACUUCUCCACGAUUCUAUCAGCAGACUCCAAGACUCCACUCUCCGCGAAAGACAAAACCCGCGCCGCUCUCUCCCUCCUCAAAUCCGAGCAAAACCCGGAGAAAAUCCUCGAGAUCUGCCGCGCGGCCGCCCUGACUCCCGAUCUCCACCUCGACCGCAUCGCCUUCUCCGUCGCCGUCACCAAGCUCUCCGAUUCCAACCAGUUCUCCUACAUCAAGCAGCUCCUCGACGAGCUCCGCCGCGACCGCCCCGACCUCCGCACCGAGAAGUUCGCCGCUCAGGCUAUCGUCCUCUUCGGCCAGGCCAAUAUGGUCGACGAUGCGAUUGCCACUUUCAAGAAGCACCACGAUGACGCCGGCUCCGCCGCCGGCUCCGUGAAGACGCUGAACGCCUUGCUCUUCGCCUGCACCAUCGCGAAGAACUACGCCGAGGUAAAGCGGAUCUUCGUCGAUUUCCCUAAAAUCUACUCAAUCAGUCCGAAUCUCGACACUUACAACACUGUAAUUAAGUCGUUUACCGAGUCCGGGAAUUCGAGCUCGGUUUACUCGAUCCUGCAAGAGAUGAAGAGGAACAGAAUUUCUCCCAACGCCACUACUUUCUCCAAUCUGCUGGCUGGCUUCUACAAAGAAGAGAAGUUCGAAGAGGUAGCUAAAGUUUUGGAAAUGAUGAAGACAGAGUAUUCGAUCUCCCCUGGAACUGCUACUUACAAUGUUAGGAUUCAGAGCUUGUGUAAGCUGAAGAGAGCUCGGGAAGCAAUGGCUUUGCUCGAGAAGAUGUUAAAAGAAGGUCCCAAGCCGAAUUCCACUACCUUUUCCGAGUUGAUUCAUGGGUUUUGUAGCGCAGGGGAUUUGGAGGAAGCCACGAAGCUGUUUAAGAGCAUGGUGAGCAGGGGACACCCGCCUUGUGCAGAGUGCUACUUCACUUUGAUCUACUACUUGUGUGUGGGGAAGGAUUUUGAUGCUGCUUUGAGGUUCUCUAAAGAGAGUAUGGAGAAGAAAUGGGUGCCGAAUUUCUCGACUAUGAAGCUGUUGGUGAACGGGCUUGCGGGUGAAGGUAGAGUUGAAGAGGCAAAGGAGCUUGUAGGGCAAAUGAAGGAGAAGUUCUCCAAGAAUGCCCAUUUAUGGGAUGAAGUUUUAGCUGGCUUCCCGCAGUAAGGUAAACAUUUCUCUGGUUUUCCGUUAACAUUGAACAUGAGAGGUCAGAAUGGCAGAGAAUUUUUAUACGAAACUGGUAGCUCUUGACAGUUUAGGUCAAAACAAAAUAAUGCAAUUAGUUCGCUGCUCAUUGUGAUCUGAGUGCCUUAAUGGUUUUCGACUUCUCCAUUGUAAAUGUGGAUUAGACGAUAUGAACGAUGAACAUUGGUACUGCCUCUGUCGAUUAAUCGCUCCCACUUGUUUGUGCUUCUUUCUGGAAUGGUUAGCAAGAUGGUGGAAGUAGCCCUAAAGGUUCCUUCGUGAUCGUGAGGCUUCGCUGGUGAUCUCAAUGCAUUGUGAUAUUUUUUGCCAUAAACUGUUGUAAUCUAUUUAUGCAUUCGGUCCUCAUUUCUUAGCCAGAUGCUCAUGUCCUCUCUUUUGGCUUCAGCGUCACUUUGCAAUGAUAAUCCCAUUCGGUAUUUGCAUUUGCAAUCCCUGUAGUAUGAAGUUGUCACAAAUACACCACACUCCCUGCA